UUUUAACAAUGAACCGUAAAUGUUAGAGAAGUUACAGCACUUCUAACAGUACAAGUGGCUUAGUAUUAUCUAUUUAACAAUGAACCGUAAAUGUUAGAGAAGUUACAGCACUUCUAACAGUACAAGUGGCUUAGUAUUAUCUAUUUAACAAUGAACCGUAAAUGUUAGAGAAGUUACAGCACUUCUAACAGUACAAGUGGCUUAGUAUUAUCUGUAAAUAUUACAGACCGCUUUAAGUGUCGAGAAUCCUGGCCAAGUGACACUCUUGAGAAGAUAUUCAACAUUUUCUUGGACGUUGUCCUGUUGGUCACUCCACUGUUAAUAAUGGUUAUAACCUACUCACUCAUCACGGUGACCCUCUGGCGAACUAUUCGACCUCUAAGAAUUCAAAGAGAUGCAACAUCUCGAAGAAAAAGACGAGAUCAAGAGUCACUAGCUACAGUGAGCAGUGGAGUACAGAGAACCAGAAAAGGUAAUCUGAACAUCGUCAGUAAUAUGGAGAGAUCCCUGGCUCAGAAGAAACGCGUCAUUAAGAUGCUUUUUGUCGUUGUUCUGGAGUUCUUCAUCUGCUGGACUCCAAUCCACGUCAUCAACACGGUGAGCCUCUUCAACCCUCGAGGGGUUUACGGCGGUCUUGGCUAUCAAGGCAUUUCUUUCUUCCACUUAUUAGCCUAUACUUCUUCUUGCUGUAACCCUAUUACUUACUGCUUUAUGAAUUCCAAAUUUCGGCAAAGCUUUCUUAGCAUCUUUGGUUGUAAGAACACCAGAUGGCACCACCAGCUUCCUAACAGCCUGUCGGGAACUUUAAGAAUUGCAUCAGUAUCCCAGAGGAACUUUGAACCCCAAAGAUGUUUCCAGGAGACGUCGAUAGUUGUUAAAAACGAGGACACUGUUUAAUAAACCUACUGGAAGAAAAGCAUACCUUAUAAGAAGGAUAUUUUAAUCAAACGAGAGAACCUUGGAUUUAUAUUCAUCGUAAAUUUAUGUUGUAUAAAAGAUGUGAGCAGGUGGUGUUAUAUCACAUGAACAGACGGUUUUAUAUCCCAUGAACAGACGGUGUUAUAACACAUGAACAGACGGUGUUAUAGUACAUGAACAGUCGGUGUUAUAGUACAUGAACAGACGGUGUUAUAGUACAUGAACAGUUAGUGUUUAGUACAUGAACAGUCGGUGUUAUAGUACAUGAACAGUCGGUGUUAUAGUACAUGAACAGUCGGUGUUAUAGUACAUGAACAGUCGGUGUUAUAACACAUGAACAGUCGGUGUUAUAGUACAUGAACAGUCGGUGUUAUAGUACAUGAACAGUCGGUGUUAUAGCACAUGAACAGUUGGUGUUUAGUACAUGAACAGACGGUGUUAUAACACAUGAACAGACGGUGUUAUAGUACAUGAACAGUUGGUGUUUAGUACAUGAACAGUCGGUGUUAUAGUAUAUGAACAGACGGUGUUAUAGUACAUGAACAGUUGGUGUUUAGUACAUGAACAGUCGGAUAGUACAUGAACAGUCGGUGUUAUAGUACAUGGACAGUCGGUGUUAUAGUACAUGAACAGACGGUGUUAUAGUACAUGAACAGUUGGUGUUUAGUACAUGAACAGUCGGAUAGUACAUGAACAGUUGGUGUUAUAGUACAUGGACAGUCGGUGUUAUAGUACAUGAACAUACGGUGUUAUAGUACAUGAACAGACGGUGUUAUAGUACAUGAACAGACGGUGUUAUAGUACAUGAACAGACGGUGUUAUAGUACAUGAACAGUUGGUGUUAUAGUACAUGAACAGACGGUGUUAUAGUACAUGAACAGACGGUGUUAUAGUACAUGAACAGUUGGUGUUAUAGUACAUGAACAGACGGUGUUAUAGUACAUGAACAGACGGUGUUAUAGUACAUGAAAUAACCCUUAAAGUCUGUUCAACUAUGCAGUGUUCUAGAUAACUCGGAAGACAAUAAAAUUCAAGACAAACGAGGAAAACACGUGCCAUAGAUAAUCCGUGUAUUCAGUAAUGUUGAACUGAACUAGAACUGUUUGUGUCCAAUCAGAAAGCUUCUGUUAAUGUACCUUGUCAGAAUGAGCUGUAAAAUAUCUGAUCUACGAUGUGUUUA